CCUCCUUUUUUGCUGACAUUAACUUGUGUUGAUAAAGAUGACAGUCCUCUGGAUGGAUUUAAUAAAUAUCCAGGUCCUCCGCAGACCAGGGAUAACAGAGAGACCGGAGUCAAGAUACAAGACAUAAACCCGAACCAGGAAGAUAACGGAGUUCCUGAUGAGAAAAAAGAUCUGCAUCUCGUAUCUAAUCAAGCGAACUACGACCAAAAGCUUGAAAUUAAAACAUCGUCCGGGCGGAUUCUAGGAAAAUGGAUAACGACUUCUCAGGGUACCCAGAUACAGGGAUAUCUGGGUAUCCCCUAUGCUCAGGCUCCUCUUGGAGAACUAAGGUUCGAAGCUCCGCGUCCUCCUGUAGAAUGGGAGGGAAUCAGGAAUGCUACAAGCUCUGCUCCGUCCUGCUGGACCGUUCAUGCUCCAAAUUCCUGGGAGUCUUCUGGAACCGGGAUGAGUGAAGAUUGUUUGUAUCUGAGUGUCUGGGUCCCGGAAACACAGGAAACAAGAUUAUCCGUAAUGGUCUGGUUGACCGUGGGUCGGGGGCAGGAGGACAAGGGCGGAGAGGAGUUAUCCGCCGAGGGUAACCUCGUGGUUGUCAAGGUAGAGAGUAGAAGAGGAGCACUAGGGUUCCUAGCAACUCAGGAGAAAUCAGUCCCAGGAAAUGCUGGUAUGUUAGAUCAGAUAAUGGCUCUGAGAUGGAUUCAAACCAAUAUUGAUCUGUUUAAAGGGAACCCGGAGAAGGUUACGCUCCUAGGAUAUGGCAAGGGAGCAGAUCUCUCCUCCCUCCACCUGGUCUCACCCCUAUCCUGCUCCCUCUACAGGAAUCUGAUCUUACAGUCGGGGAGUACUUUCACCCAUCUCAUCUCUAGACACCAGGUAUACAGAGAGUACAUUCACUCCCCUCGUCUAAAGAUUCCAGGUGUAUACAGGGAGUACUACUACAAACACCAGGCCGAUGAGAGAGCUCGUAGCCUAGCCUCACUUCUAAACUGUGCUACUUUAGAUGAUAAGACUAUGUUGAGUUGUCUACGGAGUGUUGAUGCCCAGGUGCUAACUAACCAGGAGUUUAGUGCUGUAAACCUAACCCUUCAUGCUGACCCUUUUCCUCCAAUCAUUGACGGACUCUUCGCAGUAGAAAAUCCUGGCAGCUUAGUUGAAGAGAACUUGUUUAAGAAGAGCAAUCUUCUGAUAGGAACCAACUCUAACGAGGUCCUGAAAGGUUUAAUGGAGUUUUUACCUGAACUUAACGGAGAUUCUGUGAAACUUGAACUCUCAUCUCUUCAACUUGAUUCUGCACUCAACAGAAUAUUCCCGAGGUAUCCGGAGUCAGUUCUAUCCUUGAUAAAGUUCCAGUACGGAUUAUUUGAAGAGAAUAGUUUUGCGAGGAUACAGAAUGAUCCAAGACGGUUCUGGGGGCUGCAGGCUGCAGUUGCAGAUAAAGAGGUUGUGUGUGGUGUGAACAAGCUUGCUAAAACUGUCUCCAAUGACGGGAACAAAGUCUUCAGAUAUUUCUUUGACAACGACGCCUCUGAUCUUGAAUCUGGGAAGGAGAUGAACCUUUUGUUCGGCGAACCUCUUGUUUCUCUUGGACGACGGAACUCCGAUACCGAAAUUAAUCUCAGCAAAAAAAUGAUUAAGUUCUGGACAAAUUUCGCUAAAUUUGACGAUCCUAACGGGGAUAUGGGUUCUGGAGAGGAGAGGGUGUGGCCCGAGUUCUCAGCCCCGAAUUGGUCCUACGUAAACGUUAACACGGAGAACUUAGAGGUCGGGGAGGAUCUCAGAGGUCGGGUUUGUGUUUUCUGGGAGCAGAUUCUGCCUGGCUUCCUUCCUAGGACGGAGUCGGAGCUGAAAGAACGGUCGGGACGAAACUCCGAUAGCAGUUGUAGAGCGGUAAAAUCCAAAGCAAAUCUUUACUUCCCUGGUUACAGACCUGUAAACAGACUUUAGCAUAAUCAUAUUAUUAUUAGGGCAUAACUAGUUCACAGAAUACAGAUAGAUCAGUGAGGAUUGUCUUAUUUUACAUACAAGAGUUCACGACAUUUUGAGAAGGAACACAAACAUAGUUUUAGGCUAUUGCCAUUUUUUUCGGUGGUAUGUUAAACAUACCACCGAUAAAAAUGGCAAUGGGCUAAAUGAAACUGAGUGAGACUUGAAGUUUUGAUGGGUAACUGUAAGCUAUGGGAUUAAUGUAAAUGUUCAAUAAUUGCCUGUCUAAAAUAACAACCCUUUCUCUCUCUCUUGUUCUAUUUGUGUUAUUUUAUGCAUAAAUAAUACUUAUUAAACCUGUUAAUUUUAUGUAGAUAUUUAAUAAAUUAAAAUGUA